CACGGCGUGCUGCAGGAUGGAGGUGAACUUGGAGAACAUCCUGUCCCGGGACUGCAGCAGCCUCUCCCGGGACGACCUGGAGAGCUCCUCGAUGCGCCGCCGCCGCCCCUGCUGCGGCUGCCGGGGCCGCUCCAGAGUGAAGGCCGGUGCGGGCGGCGAGCAGAAGCAGAGGCCGCGGCGGGCCCAACCCUGCCGCUUCGGUGUGCGGGCGGCUGCGGCGGCGCGGGGGCGCGGCGGGCGACUCGGGGGGCGUUGGGCGCGGACGCGGGCCCCGCGGAUCUGCGGCGGCGGCGGCGGCGGCGGCUCGGACACGGUGGCAGCCCGGCUCGGGUUCCUUCCGCCCGUUCUGCCCGCCGCCGCCUGCAGGGGGCGCCGCCGCGGCCCGGGGAGGCCCCGGCCAGGCCGGCCCUGCGGCGGGGCGCCGGACGCCACAGGGGCGGGCGUGGGCCCUGCUGCCGCCGCCCUCCGCGGGCUGGGCGCGCCCGCACCCCGCGCGCCUGUCUCUGCUCGGCGGCGGCCUUCGGUUUUGUUUCUCUGGUGGAAGUGCAAUGCCGACUGUGUAGGGCAGCGAGGCCAUUCCCGUUUGUACACAGUGUUCAGAGGUUUGUCUUCUGGGACAGAUUUGGAAGCCUGCUAUGUCUCUAUCUGCGACAAAAGCACCCCAGAGGAACAGACAGGGGCCCAGGCAAUUAAAUCACAGUGGGUGAAGAAGCGGCCAGCGGUCUCGUGUGGCUGUGCCCGAGUCAGGAAAGAGGAGAUGAGAUCUGGAGGGAAGUUGCGUCCCGAGCAUCUAAUACUUUCUGGUGCUGAAAGUUUUCCUCCUGUUAUGGUCUGGAUAGGAGGCAUCCCCUGAAAGCUCACGUUAGACAACGCAGGAAUGUUCAAAGGUGAAAUUACGAGGUCAUGAGAACUGUGACCUUAUCAUGGAUCGAUUCUUCUGCUGGAUUAAUAAUCUGAAGGGACUACUGGAUGAAA